UGCUGGGUCCGAAACCCGCGCCGUUCCGGUCCGCGCGAGCUUUAACAUCGAUUUGUUUACAGAAAUCACUUUUGGAAGGAGUUUGGCCGCAUCCGGUGUUUUCUUUUUUUGUUUUUGUUUUUGUUUGUUUUUCCCUGCCAGCGGUUCGGAGUGUAAAAUCCCGCCUCGGGGAAGAGCUUCGUCCGGUCGGAUUACUGCUUCACGGCGGAUCCGCGCUUCUAACGGAGUCCGCGAGGAGGGCGACGGCGGCGGCGACGGCGGUCUCUGUCUGUCAAGUGUCGCUCGGUGCUCGGUGCUGCCUGGGGUCCGAGUGCAGGAGCCGCUGCGGCUGCCGGAGACGCAUGGAGCGGCGCAGCGGACACCGGGGACCGGACACCGGAGCGCCUCUCACCGCGUGAACGAACCCCGCCGACGAUGCGUCCCUUUCGGAGAAGCGCCAGUAAAUUACAGAGUUGAAAACUGCAGGCCUUCAGCUGUUAACAUGAGACUUUUCCAGAUUGUUCUCUUCUUUUUCGAGAUUAUUCUGUUGGUGGACUGUGCCAGAGGCCCUCCCCGAGUGUCCGAGAAGAUCCUCCACCGGCAGAUGGUGCGAAUCGGCCGAACCAUGAAGCUGCCGUGCCCGGUGGAGAGCGACCCUCCCCCGCUCAUCAUGUGGACCAAGGACGGUCGCAACAUCCACAGCGGUUGGACACGCUUCCGCGUUCUACGCCAGGGCUUAAAGAUCAAGGACGUGGAGGCCGACGACGCAGGAACCUUUAUCUGCAAGGCCACGAACGGCUUUGGCAGCGUCAACAUCAACUACACGCUCAUCGUCAUCAACGACUCGAGCUCAGGCAGGGAAGGAGCGGGGGUCCUGGAUGGUGGCGACGCAAUAUACACCACUGGUGACCUUUCAGGGAAACUAGUGCGGCCCCGCUUCACCCAGCCAGCGAAAAUGCGCAAGCGGGUCAUCGCGCGGCCCGUGGGCAGUUCCGUGCGGCUCAAGUGCGCCGCCAGCGGGUACCCCCGGCCGGACAUCACCUGGCUGAAGGACAGCAGGCCGCUGAGCUCUCAGGAGGUGGGCGAGGGCCGCAAGAAGAAGUGGACCCUAAGUCUGAAGAACCUGACGCCCGAGCACAGCGGCAAGUACACGUGCCGAGUGUCGAACCGCGCCGGAGAGAUCAACGCCACCUACAAAGUGGAGGUUAUCCAACGGACGAACUCCAAACCCAUCCUGACGGGCACCCACCCGCUCAACACUACGGUGGACUACGGAGGGACCACCUCCUUCCAGUGCAAAGUGCGCAGCGACGUGAAGCCCGUCAUCCAGUGGCUGAAGCGCGUGGAGCCGGGGGAUGAAAACAAGUAUAACUCCACCAUCGAGGUGGGCGACCAUCGCUUCGUGGUGCUGCCUACCGGGGAGGUGUGGUCGCGGCCCGACGGCUCCUACCUCAACAAGCUGCUCAUCACGCGCGCCAAGGAGGAAGACGCAGGCAUGUACAUCUGCCUGGGCGCCAACACCAUGGGCUACAGCUUCCGAAGCGCCUUCCUCACCGUGCUGCCAGACCCUAAGCCGCCCACGUUGCCCCUCCCCGUCCCGCCAGGCCACCACCUUCCGUGGCCGGUCAUCAUCGGCAUCCCCGCAGGGGUGGUCUUCAUCUUUGGCACUAUUCUGCUGUGGCUCUGCCAGUCCAAGAAGCACUGCUCGGCGGGCAGCGCGGUGACCGUGCAGUCGGGGUCGGCGCCGUCCUCGCACCGCCAGCCAGGCCGCGACAGGCCUUGCCCGGCCCCCGCCGACAAAGACUGCGCGGGUUCCGUCAACUACGACGAGUACCUGGCCCAGCAACAGCAGCUGCUUCUCGCCCAGGGCGGCUCCUCCCUGGCACCCAAAGCGUACCCCAAGAUCUACACGGACAUCCACACGCACACCCACUCGCACGUGGACGGCAAGGUGCACCAACACCAGCACAUCCACUACCAGUGUUAGCGAGCAGGUCCAGCAGGCCUCCCGCCGUCUCCACGCAGCCAAGGGCAGAGAUCCGGACGGUCGCGAUCACGGCGGACGACCGCGCGCGACCGCACGCGACGGACGGGAGGACGGUCCUUCGACGGCUCCCUGACGUCUGCGCCGGGCCCAUCCUCGAGUUCCCCGAGUCAAAUGUUCAAGGGUCGGCGGCCUGACUCUCUGCGAGUGUUAAUAGUCGCAGCAGAAUUUGAAAAGUCUCGGCCGCUAAAUAACAUUUAAUUAAUCAGCACUUAGCGUAGUUUACCGCGGACGCGCCAUCGACGAGGCGCUGCCACCGGGGUCAUUUAAGGACAGCUCUCUGUAGCCUCCUCGCUUCUUGUGACGAAGAUCGACUCGAACAUACAAGUCAAGUGAAUAAUAACGGGAAUUGCGAGUCGGAAUUACGUCUCGCUUGGGCGGGCGGCGGUAAACUUCACUGUGCCGGCGUACGCGCUUUCAACGGCUGCGCACAGCACGCGGGCGGGGAAGGAGGUCACGGUGCGUGUCUGCAGCUCAGCGGCGCUCGCCAAUUCCCAGCUGGACUUUUUCUCCGCGCUCCCUCUUCCUCUUUCACGUUUGUCCCCUUGUUCUUCCGCGAGGGCUUGCUGGCGUCGAAAAACCGCGAAAAGGGCACGUUUUUGCUCUCGUGUACUCAGGUGGCCCGGCCUUUCCGCGCGCGUACGCGUGUGUGCGUGUGUGUCGUGUGCGUGAGCGUGGGUGUGUCGUUUUUUGGAUACGUAAAUAACCCUGACCACUAUUGAUGCCGGUUGGAAACUGCACAUGUCGCCUUCGACUGCUGCGGCGCUGCCGAGCCACUGCCGAGCCACUGCCGAGCCACUGCUGGCUUUGGGGACCGAUGGACGGGUGCGGGGCGGUUAACGCUCCGCCGCGUUGGUCUGCAGACAUGGAAAAUCCUCACAGAUCCAGCAUCGGUUCUCCUGUGUUUACAUGUGAAGAUACGUGUCUAAGCUAAAUGGACUGAAAUGUUUGACCCCCCCCAGUGCUUUAAAAACACAUCGGGGGUCUUGCUGAAAUGGCGGGAAAAAUCUUAUUAAAUAACUGCAAAAUUUAUCGUUGGGGCAAUAAUGGACUUUGGUAAUGCCUGUAUGGACUAGUCAAAUUUAACCACAAAAUAUUAAAUUUUCAUAAUUCUAUAUAGAUUUUACACAGAAGUCAUGUAUAUUUAAUUUAUUUUGUUAAGCAAGAAAUAAUGUAAUAUUUUUUCAUCAAAUCAGGCAUUUCUAUACAUACUUUGAUCCGAAAUAUAAACAGUCGAUGCCGUUUUGUUCGUAUAGUUUCCAGGUAAGCUAUGUAGCACAUAUUAAGUACGUUGUCAUUGAGAUAUAUCUUUAUUCAGUGUUUUCAAAGUACAUAAAAUAUUAGCAAUCUUUGUAUGGACAAUCUUGUACAGUCUGCCCUCUUUCUAUGAUGGAAAUGUUAUUGUAAAGUUAUUCAUUCAGAAACAUUUUAAUCUUUCUAUCAGUGUCAUUAA